AUGGAUAUGGUGAACUGGGAGGGAGAGUUCACGAUGCCCGAAUUCAUCACGUGCUUCUCUAAAAAUUUACCGGUACUUAUCCGCACUCUGUCCGGGCUAAUGGGGGUCGACGAUCUUCAUAUUGUUGGUGGGGACGAGAUAUACUGGAUAUACGACAUACAGCGUCAGAAGAGGGUGGUGGCCUCCAUGCGGGACAAGGACAAGUACUGCACCAUCCCCAUCGAACACCCCGCCAAAUUUCACGUCUUUGUUUACGUCGGGAACGCCCGGCAACUACAGCAUAUACUUAACCUAAUCUACGAACAUAGAAAGCAAAAUGUUUACAUAGAAUGCGAGAACAACGAUAAAAUGCACUUUCAAGUUGGGUCAGAAAGUGGACAUUUUGGCCGGUUUGGUUCUAUGGAGGUACUGGAUACCUAUGAUGAAAAAUACCUGCUUGGAUACCCUAUCUGCUUAAACAAAAUAAACGCCAGAACGUGCGGAAUCCCGGUAUAUUUGGACAUAGAGCUGACAGCGGCAGUUGGAUUUGUAAAUUAUCCCGUCAAUUGUUUCACAUCCUGGUUGUCUUUGGUCAAUAAUAUCGUUAAGACCUUUCCAAGAGCUCCCGUAACCACUUGUCAAGAAAUAAUAAUCUUUCCGAGAAACCCUGAAGAUUCGGCGUACGAAUACAUCAAUCCUCUGGACAACAGGCUGUCAGUUGACGCCGUCAAGUCCGAUCUAAAAGACAUCUCAAAAGGCAACACCUACGUCAUCCACCCCCCUCCAAGGCUGAAUCCCUCGACGGAAAUUAGAAUCGUGGAGUUACCUGCCAUCCCUAAAAGUUUACCCCCUUUACCCAAUGAAAUAAACAAACGGAUAAACACCUCCUUAAGUAAAAGUUUGCCCCCAUUACCAGAAACUUUUAAAAAUUUUGAUAAAAAGGAAAAAAUUGUAGAUAGCCCAAAGCCGAAUUCAGAUGACGAGUUAGAUUAUGAAGAUAUCAGUUUAGAUGUGUGUAAAACAGAUGAAACGGACUUUAAAAAACCGACUCCGACACCACCUAAAAUUGUCAAUAGUCCAAAGCCGAAUUUGGAUGGUGAAGGUUAUAAAGAUAUCGAUUCAAAUGUAUGUAAAACAGAUGGAACAAACCCUAAAAAAUUGCCUCCGAUACUACCUAAACCGCCAAAAUCACCUCCAGUCAAACUCCUACCCGAAAUUAUGCCUAGGUCAAACUCAAGACCGUCUUCCACUUCAUCAACGUCCCCGUCACCUAAUAAUCAGCAGAAAAUUUCGGUUUUUAGUAAAGUUGGUGAAAAUAGGGAUGUACCUUGUAGGCCAGAUUCAACCGAUAUAAGAAGUUACAGUAUAGCAGAUGUUGAAAAUUUAUUGCGAGAACUCAAUAUGGACAAACACAUCAAGCAGUUCAAUGAAAAACAAUCAUCUUACAUAACCGAGUGUCUUAGUCGUAUAAUUUUCUUUCACUGUGCUUUGAAACAUAAUUAUAAAGUUGACGGGGAGCUGCUAUCCUGCUUGGACCAGGAUUUGUUGGAGAAAGAAUUCAACCUGUCUCGUUUCGAAUCGUUAAAAUUAACGAAAUACUUUAACGGGUGGAGACCUAGUGAUAAAAAAUAA